AUGGUGCCAGAAGGAGUGUCUGUUCAGCUGGAUGAUGUGCUGGUUGAGAUGGAUGGGGCGGUGCAGCACCUGCUGUACCGUGACGAGGACAGCGGUGUGUGGAGAGUGGCGUUCGUAACGCCGCCGACAGCGUCAGGUGCGCAGGGCCCCCCAGCGACGGCCGCUGCAGGUGGCACAGAGGUGGCCGUUGAGGAUGAUGACGCGCUGGAGUUCUUCAGCGACUAG